AGGCAGUUAGCUAGCUCGAUGGCCUUGCGUGCACGUAAACAAGUCAUAUAUCUAUUUUCAGAAGUCAGAAAAGCAUUAACCUCCCCCGAAAGCAGUUGAUCCACUAGCCGCUUUUUUGUACGAACACGCGCGCGCGCAACUAUAUAUGUUUCGUGGGAGGAUCGAAUUAACAGUAUUAAUUGUAUAUAGGGAGGUAGAUAUAUAUGACAUAUAACACAAUAGAGCGGGGAAGUUGAGGGCAGGAAGAAGCAUUGAAGCAUAUUGCAGGAGGCAGGGAUGAAGAAAGCAUGUUUUACUGUUUGCGUGUGUUUUCUGCAGCUGUUGGAUUUGGCUUUGGGCUUCAGCAGCUGUGAGCACUUGGAUUGCUCCCAAUUCCCUCCAUCCUUUCUGUUCGGAACUACAACCUCUUCUUUUCAGGUUGAAGGGGCAUACUUAGAAGGUAACAAAAGCUUGAGCAAUUGGGAUGUUUUCUCGCACAUACCAGGAAAAAUCAAGGAUGGAAGCAAUGCAGACGUUGCAGACAACCACUACUAUCUAUUCAAGGAAGACAUUGAGUCGAUGCAAUCCCUUGGAGUGAAUUCAUAUAGAUUUUCAAUAUCAUGGUCAAGAGUCCUUCCAAAGGGUAGGUUCGGUCCGGUGAACUUAGAGGGGAUUGACUUCUACAACAAAAUUAUUGAUGCCCUUGUGCUGAAAGGCAUACAACCAUUUGUCACAUUGAACCAUAAUGACAUUCCUCAAGAGCUUGAAGAUAGAUACGGCUCGUGGUUGAGUGAACAGAUACGGCUAGACUUUGGACACUAUGCAGAAGUAUGCUUCAAAGCUUUUGGGAACAGAGUAAAGCACUGGGUGACAAUAAACGAGCCAAACAUGAUGGUGGAAUAUGGUUACUUUAACGGAGGAUACCCCCCUGGCCGUUGUUCUUACCCAUCGGGCAACUGUACUGAUGGGGAUUCGGCAGUAGAACCCUACCUUGCCGCCCAUAAUGUCAUACUCUCGCAUGCCACCGCUACUCAUAUUUACAAGACUAAAUUCCAGAAGAAGCAAGGCGGCGUGAUUGGAAUUGUGCUGGCUGGCUACUGGUUUGAACCAUUCAGCGACACUCCGGCAGAUCGUUUGGCAGUUCAACGAACUCUGGCCUUCAAAACUGCAUGGUAUUUGGAUCCUAUAAUAUAUGGCAAUUAUCCGCCGGAGAUGACCCAAAUAGUGGGCGAGAGAUUGCCAAUUUUUACACCGGAAGAUAAGAAGAAGCUGCGGGCCAAAUUGGAUUUUAUUGGACUCAAUCAGUAUACUGCACUUUACGCAAAAGACUGCAUGUUCUCGCUUUGCGCUCCAGGCACUGCCAACGGGGACAUUCACGCUCAUCUUACUGGAGAAAGAGAUGGAAUCCCAAUUGGAGAUCCGACUGCAGUAGAAACCUUCUAUGUUGUCCCAAGUGGUAUGGAGAGGAUGGUCAUGUACUACAAAGAAAGAUACAACAAUACUCCCAUGUUUAUCACAGAGAAUGGGUACGCGCAGAAAAGUGGCAGCAUGGGAGAAGUGAUCAAUGACACCAAUAGAAUAAAAUACUUGCAGGCUUACUUAGCAUCUUUGAUACGGGCACUAAGGAAUGGAGCUGAUGUGAGAGGUUACUUCAUAUGGUCUCUGCUAGACAACUUUGAAUGGCUAUAUGGGUACUCAGUACGCUUUGGGCUUUAUUAUGUGGACUUCGAUACAUUGCAAAGAACACCAAAAUUGUCUGCUGAGUGGUACAAGGAAUUCCUUAGCAAAGUAAAGGCACUUCAAAAGAAAAGUAGAAAGCCCAAAAUGUGGUAUCAAGCAUUCUGAUUGCUGUAGAGCUAGCCCUACAAUACGUGAAUGUAUGAUUGCAUAACAUUAAUGUGUCAUAUUAUUGGGAGAAAUUUAUUUUUCUCCUACUUGUGCAGUGAGAUGCCAAUAGUAUCUAUAGCUAGGAAGCCUAGUCAUAGGAAUAAUAUUACUUUGUAAUUAAUAAAAAUCCCCUAUUUAAUUUACCCCUAAAAAAAUUAAUGCUACCCAUUAUUAGUAGUACUGUGCGCGUGUAAUUAGACAAUAUGCAUGUUGUCUAUUAUUAAUAUUAAUAAUAAUAUGUUGAUCUGCUCUCAAUAAA